AUGACCGACCGCACACAAGACAAGACCCACCAGGCCGUGGGGGACGCCAAAUCCGUUUUGAAAGGGGUCAAGGGCCUGGGAGACACUAUUCGUGGAACAGUCAACGAGUCGGUCGAUACAGCCUUCAACGACCGCGAGGGAGAAAUCAAAAACAAAGCGGUCAAGGAGAAGGGAGAGGCAGAUAUACAGCGGGCCGAUCAACGUCUUGGGGGAACCCACGGUGCAGGAACAAGAAGUGCCGCAGGUGGCACAACUACCGGCGCAGGUGCGCAUUCUGGAGGCGUUGGGAACAUGAGCAGCACUGUGCCCUCGAGGGGUCUCGGUGGUGAACCUACCAGCACAAGGGAGAGAUUCUGA